AACUGAUAGUAAUUAAUAAUAAUAAAAGUGACCUGUAGUCUCAAAUCUCAAUUCUAUUUUAUAGUUAUUGUCAGAACAUUACACAUUUCUUUAUGAUACCUAAUACAGUUUCAAAUAUUUUAAGUUUUUAAGACAAAGUGUAAUAAAAAACACUAUUUGUGCGAUGAUUGAAGUAUCAGCCAGACUUAUUGGUGGACCGAUAUUUAUGCCAGGCAGCAAAAUCGGUUGCUGUAUUACAUUUACACAUCCACCGAUACCAACAGAUUCUAAAAGUCAGAGUAAUAGUGAUGUACUGGAAAAUUUGGCAUGGGCUAGUGUCCAAAUUAACUGUCUUUGUUUAACCAACGACACCAUUAACUUCCCACCAGAUAUGUGCGUUACCAAAGAGGAGAGAUAUUUGGGUAAUUCUGAAACAUCAUUCGCUCCUUGCCUCAACGAAAAUGGUCAUGUUGUUUUGUCUACAAAACCAAAAAUACUAUUUUGUGAUGUUGGCUUGUCUCCUGGCGAAAGUAAAUCAUAUCUAUACAGUGAAACCAUAUCAAAUGACGCACCACCUUCAUACAAAGGCCAUCUAGUUAAAUAUGCAUACAAAAUUACUAUUGGAAUGCAACGUCUAAACAGUCCAAUUAAACUUUUAAGAGUUCCUCUUCGUGUAGUAGUCAUACGAAGUCUAACAGAAGGAGUGACAUGUGAGAACAGCAUUGACUUAUCACCGAGCAAUCCGUUUUUAGAAUCAAAUUACAAGCACGAGGAAUGUGAUAUGGCUCUUCAAAAUCUCCAGAACAUAACAGCGAAGCGGAGUCCAAACUUUUACAAUAUAACUAAUUCACGGGGGAAAGUAGCUCGAUUUUGUUUAUUUAAACAAGCUUAUAAACUUGGAGAAGAUAUUGUUGGAACCUUUGAUUUUGAGCAAACAGAUGUGCCAUGCAUUGAGUUUACCGUAAGCUUACAAUGCGAAGAAUCUGUAAACAAAGCCUUUAUCGUCGCCAACCCUAGACACCGGAGAGACAACUUGUCCAUCUCUUCUUACAACACUCAACAUCAGUUUUGCGCCAACACUUUAAAGUCAUUCUUACAACUAGCCAUACCGCUUAAUGUUACACCAGCUUUUAACACGCUGUUGGUUUGUGUCAAAUGGCGACUGCACUUUGAGUUUGUGACCGGCACAAAAGCCACCGGGGAACGGCUGGACGAAACCAAAGAGGGCACCUGCUGGACGGGUCCCGAACACAUUGACAUCGAGACUAUGGUGUGGGAUUUGCCCAUAGACAUUUACCCCUCCGUACCGUCUAUAGCCAGCGACCCGCACGCCCAGACAAGGAUAACAAUCGCCAUAUAAAAUGUCCCUUUUUUCUAUUAUUAUUAAUUUGUAUUAUUUUAUUUUUAAAGAAUUAUCAAUCAACUUUUUUUUUUUUUUACAUAUUUUUUUUUAGUGUUUAUUAUUC